AUGCAUUCGCAAGCUGCGUCUAUUGUAAAGUUUAAUGGGCUGAAUUUUGCUGAGUGGCAUGAACAAAUUCAGUUUCACCUCGGUGUUCUAAAUCUUGAUCUAGCACUCUUGACUGACAAGCCCGCUACUAUUGAUGAUAAUAGCAGUGCUGAUGAUGUAGCCUUCCAUCAAGCAUGGGAAAGGUCAAAUAGACUCAGCUUAAUGCUUAUGCGAAUGACACUUGGAAGCAACGUCAAGUCAACAAUUCCCAAAUUUGACAAUGCUAAGGAUUUGUUGAAACAUGUGGAGAAAAAUUCACUUUCUGAAUGUGCUGAUAAGGCCCUAGCAGGCACACUUAUGGGUAAACUGACCACCAUGAAAUUUGAUAGUUCGCGUUCCAUGCAUGAUCAUGUUACUGAGAUGUUAGCCUUAGCAGCAAAAUACUAUGCAGGGACUCCUUAUGAACCAAACCAUAAAGCCAAAUAA